CAAUAGAUUAGUAACGCCUAUAUCCCAGAGCUCGUCUCGUCAAACAAUCUCGCGAGAGUUCACAAUUUCCCAUAUCUCCCCGCGAGUUCUUCCUCCUCCCUCUUUCCGCCAUACUGCAGACCCGGCACCAUGGUGCGCAUGAACGUGCUUGCCGAUGCCCUCAAAAGCAUCAACAAUGCAGAGAAACGUGGUAAGCGGCAGGUUCUCAUCAGACCGUGCUCAAAAGUGAUCGUGCGAUUCCUGACAGUGAUGAUGAAGCACGGUUACAUUGGAGAAUUUGAAAUUAUUGAUGAUCACAGGGCCGGAAAAAUAGUUGUCAAUCUCACAGGCAGACUAAACAAGUGUGGCGUCAUCAGCCCCAGAUUUGAUGUGCAGCUGAAGGAUCUGGAGAAGUGGCAGAACAACCUCCUGCCUUCACGUCAGUUUGGGUACAUUGUGCUUACCACUUCAGCUGGCAUCAUGGACCAUGAGGAAGCAAGGCGAAAACACACAGGAGGCAAAAUCCUAGGAUUCUUUUUCUAAAUGUAAAAAACAGGCAGGAAAAUAAACUGUUAUCAAAA